CGAAUGUUUUUUUUUCCGGGCGAGGGCAAUGGGGGGCUUUGCAAAUGAUCUCGGGCAGUUUUGAGUGUCUGUCCUUCGGAUAAUCCCCCCCACACACACACACCUACAACCAACUAGCACCACCACCACCAACACACACCUACAACCAACCACCACCACACACACACACACACCUACAACCAACCAGCACCGCCACACACACACAAACCUACAACCAACCACCACCACCACACACACCUACAACCAAGCACCACCACACACACACCUACAACCAACUAGCACCACCACCACACACACACCUACAACCAACCACCACCAUACACACACACACCUACAACCAACCAGGACCUACAACCAACCAGGACCACCCCCACACACACACACAUCUACAACCAACCACCACCACACACACACAUCUACAACCAACCAGCACAACCACCACACACACACCUACAACCAACCACAACCACCACCGCACACGCCGGAGCAACGCUUACCUGACUUAGCGCAGCAACGUGGGGGGAGGGGGUGGAGUCAUGCACAAAUCCAUUUUAUGAGCGAGCUGAACUCUGGACCUAUCCGACUCAAGGACGCGGCGGCGGUAGCAUCGUCGUCAUCAUCAUCAUCGUCGUCGCCGUCUAACAUCUUUAAAGCAUUAGUUGCCUUCUAUCGGCGCGAUGAAUCCGGCCGUAGCGAGACGCGCAGGAGGGAGUUCCGCCGUGCUGAGGCUCGCUCGUCUCCUCUUCCUCGUCGUGGCGUUCGUGGCGACGUUCAUGCUGGGCAGCAUCAGCCGCGACUACACACAGAGCGACCUGGGUCACGAGCAGAGAUCCGCCUGCAGGGAACCCCGCGAGAUGCAGGACACUUCGUGGCCUGCGCUAAGACCCACGGCGGCCAGGAGACCCAAGGCGACAACGACAGCCAUGCCUCUGGGGGACUCGUACCCGCACGACGACACCUACACGCAUUCUGGGUGCAAGAACAGCGUGCGUGCGCUGGCGCUGCAUGCCGACGAGUGGCUGCGCGCCGCGUUCAUCCCGGACACGCGCGUGCUCGCGUGGAGCGAGCACGCCACGCCGCAGGAGUACGAGCGCCUCAAGCGCUUCCAGCUCAUCUACGGCUGGGGCGGCAAGAACUUCUCGCUCGUGGCCAACGCGCUGCGGCUGCUCAACACGAGCGCCAAUCGGCACAUGUUCGACGACUGGAGCCAGCGCUGGAGGCGGCGGCGGGCACCCCAGUGCGUCACGUGCGCCGUCGUGGGCAACGGCGGCAUCCUCAACGGGUCGCGCAUGGGCCGCGAGAUUGACAAGCACCACUACGUCUUCCGGGUGAAUGCCGCGAUGACGCGGGGCUACGAGGAUGACGUGGGGAGCAGAACGAGCUUCUACUUCUUCAGCACCAACACGAUGCGCAACUCGCUGGGCCGAUUCCGCAAGCAGGGCUACACCUCGCCGCCCGACACGCCGGAGACGCGCUACGUCUUCAUCCCGGACAGCACACGUGACUACCAGAUGGUGCAGGCCGCCAUCACCAACACGCCCGUCACCUCUGGACGUGAUCGCUCAAAGCUGCCUCCCAGCUACUUUGGCAGCGCUCCGGGGCCUGAGAAGUUCAAAAUGCUCCACCCCGACUUCUCCCGCUACCUACGGAACAGAUUCAUGAUGUCCUCGCGGCUCAAGGGGCGUCUCCGCAUCAUCUACAGGCCCAGCACGGGAGCCAUGAUGCUGCUCACCGCACUGCACACAUGCGACGUGGUGGACGCCUACGGGUUCCUGACCAAGGACUACGCCAGGUACUCGUGCUACUACUACGACAAGGUGAAGCGCGGCGUGCCCUUCGUAGCCAACCACGACAUGAAGCUGGAGCUGGUGCUGUGGGCGCGCCUGCACAAGUCCAAGAUGAUCCGACUCUACAUGGGAAAGGGCAAUUGAUGCGUGACGAACUGCGAAGCGCGCUGAAGAGUGGUGGGGUAGGGGGGGGCGGGGGGUUGG